AUGGCCACUCCGGCCAAUCGGGGCGCGUGGGCUCCUCCGCGGCCAUCUUUCUCGUUGGCUGCUGUCCCGGGGGCGGGGCAAAAACUGGCCUGCGAGUGCUACGCGCUGCUGCCGGCCCUGGGCCGGGGCUUCUCGCAGGGGCUGCGGCACACAGAGUGCUGGAACCAGGAGGUGCAGGGGCUGCUGGCCACCCUGCACGGGCUGCUUGGGGCACUCUUCGAGGGCAGCGAGACCGACCCACUGCCCUAUGAGGGGCCGGGGGUGGAGAUGCUGCUGCCGGCCCCCCAGGACGGGGACACUGGCUUUGUCCUCACCCUGCAUAACCGCUUCUCGGGGCUGGCCCGUGUGCUCCAGCUCCUGCUCAGCAAAGAGUUCGUGGCACCCGUCACCGUCCCCGUCCAGGACGUUUUGGACCUCAUCUGCCGUGCCCUGAACAUCACCAGCAAGAACAUAAACUGGUUUGGGGAUGGUCCUCUGAAGAUGCUGCUGUUGCCGUCUGUCCACCUAGACAUGCUAGAUGUGCUCUCCUCCCUCAUCCUGGCGUGAGU